AUGACAAGAAUCGUCAAUUGUGAGGAAGAGAGUACAGCCAAACACCUCAUGGACUGCGCCAGUAGCAGUCCGAAAUCCGGCUUCACGUCGUUAGGUGUUAUCGCGGCUUCGGCGUUGAAUGAAAAAGUGCGGAGCCACAACGCUUCCUCGACGGCACUAAACCUACAAAAUCCACAGCAGAAGCACGAAAAUUCACUCGGUGCUGCCGAAAACGAUCCGGCCGCCCAGCCCAUCAGUUCUGGCAACAAGUUGCUUUUCAUUUUCUCCGAGGAGAACGUCAUUCGGAAGUACGCGAGGAUUAUAAUCGAGUGGGGAUAUCCUUUUCAAUGUUCCGUUUUGGCAACUAGUUUUGUGUGCUGGCAAAUUUUCUGUGUCUUCCUUAACGUUGGUAUUUUUCGAUGCACGCCGUUUGAGUACAUGGUCCUGCUCACGAUCACCGCCAACUGCAUUGUCCUGGCAAUGGAACGGCACUACCCUUCAGGGGAUAAGUCGGCCCUGAGUGAAAGUUUGGAACAAACAGAAAAAUACUUUCUUGGCAUCUUUUGUGUGGAAGCACUGCUCAAAAUCGCUGCCCUGGGAUUCGUUCUCAACGAAGGCGCUUAUCUCAGGAGCAUCUGGAAUAUCAUCGACUUCCUCGUGGUCGCAACGGGUUUGUUGGCGUACAUUCUGCCGAAUCUCAAUCAGCCUGCGCUCCGAGCUCUUCGCGUUCUGCGACCGCUCAAAUUGGUCACCGGUUUCGAAAGCCUGCAAAUAGUGCUGAAGUCGAUAUUUCGAGCGAUGGCACCACUUCUGCAAAUCGGACUGCUGUUGUUCUUCGCCAUCACCAUAUUCGCCAUUGUCGGACUGGAAUUCUACUCCGGUGGCUUCCACAUGACGUGUUUCGAUGAGCGUAAGUGGCUUGGCUCUGUGGCAUCUAGUCCGCAAAGAAAUCCCGACCUCCUUCCAGAUUCUAUUCCCAACAGCAAGACACUUGUGCCCUGCAAUAUCGGCAAUGAGAGCUCUUCGAAGGGGUUUUUCAACUCGGCUCAUGGGUCGUUCCGCUGCGACCCGGGUUAUAUUUGCAAGGGGUACUGGGAAGGUCCCAAUUUCGGCAUCACCAGCUUCGACAACAUUGGCUACGCGAUGCUCACUGUCUUCCAAUGCAUCACCAUGGAAGGCUGGACGGACAUCAUGUACAUGACAUUUGACGCUGUUGGUGAUCGAUUCAGUGCCUUCUACUUCGGACCCCUGAUCGUGCUCGGCUCCUUCUUUAUGCUCAACUUAAUUCUCGGCGUUUUGAGCGGUGAAUUUGCCAAGGAGAAGGAACGGGUCGAGAAGCGACGAGCAUUUCUAAAGCUGCGAAGACAACAACAAACCGAGAAAGAAUUUGGUGGUUAUAUGGACUGGAUCCAGCACGCAGAGGAAGUGAUUCUAGCCGAGGACACUACAUCGGCGGAGGAUCGAAUAAGAAUAAUUGCAGCUCGAAAGAGGGCACAAAAGGAGGUAAGCAAAAAGAACGCCAGGGAUUCUCAAGGUCAUGAUGUUAACUUCGAGGAUGCUGAUUUAUUCUCAGAUAAUAAGGGAAACGUAUUUAACCAGCACGGAUUACUUUUGAGGCAAGGCAGCGGACGGUUUGAAGCUUGUUGGAGAAAUGAAAGACGGUUUCGGUACGCAGUUCGACGAUUGGCCAAAAGCCAGCUAGCCUAUUGGAGCGUCAUUGUGCUAGUCUUCUUGAACACCAUCUGCGUCGCCAUCGAACACUACGGCCAACCAGCUUGGCUGACCAGUUUUUUGUAUUAUGCUGAGUAUGUCUUUCUUGGACUCUUCAUGACUGAAAUGCUCCUGAAGAUGUAUGGCCUUGGUUUCCGGCUCUACUUCCAGUCGUCAUUCAACAUAUUUGAUUGUGUGGUUAUCAUUGGAAGUCUUUUUGAGAUUCUAUUGGCACUAGUCCAGCCAGAUACGUCGUUUGGGAUCAGCGUGUUGCGUGCGUUGCGGCUCCUUCGAAUCUUCAAGGUCACUCGGUACUGGGCAGAUCUGCGGAAUCUGGUCCUGUCGUUGUUGAGUUCAAUGCGGAGCAUCAUAUCCCUCGUCUUUCUCCUCUUCCUCUUCAUCCUCAUCUUCGCGCUUCUUGGAAUGCAGCUCUUUGGUGGCGAAUUCAACUUCGAGGAAGGGCUGCCACCGCAGAACUUUGACUCAUUCGUGAAAGCUCUGCUCACCGUCUUCCAGAUUCUAACAGGAGAAGACUGGAACUCCGUGAUGUACAAUGGGAUUCGCUCGCAGGGGGGCACAAAUGGUGGUGGUUUCAUCUACUGCAUCUACUUCGUCCUACUGGUGCUUAUUGGCAAUUACACUCUGCUCAACGUGUUCUUGGCCAUUGCUGUGGACAAUUUGGCCAAUGCCCACGAUCUCUCAGACGCCGAGCACGCUGAUCAAAAGGAGGAACAGUCGAAAGCAGCCAAAGCCCAGGGAUUGGACCCGUCCAACCUGGACCUUAGUGACCCCAAUGCAAUGCACCUGCUGCCAUGGAUUCGAACACCAACGAAAGAGAACAGUUGCCCGUGUUUUUCCGCUCUUGUGAUGAUGACGCUGGUGACGAUUCAUCGUCUCGGUUCAACCAUUCGCAUUUGUACGAACCAGUCCAUCAUCGUCCAUCAGCAAAGCCAGACACCGAGGAUAUUCCAGCUCCUAACCAACACGCAAUAUUCGUUUUUUCUUCCCAGCGAUCCAUUGAACGCGGUGGAACGAACGUCUCAACUUGGCGAUCCAAAGGCCAAUGGCAAUUUUCUGUCAACCCCGGACAACAAACAACUAAGAAAAACGCAGAACUGCAUCUCGUUUGAAAGCGACGAAACAGGUCAGCUGCAGGACUCGGAAGCGGCAACGCACGGGAAACCCGUUUUGCCCUACAGCUCGAUGUUCAUCUUCGCGCCAACCAACGGCAUUCGGCGUUUCUGCCACUUUGUGGUAAAUCUGCGUUACUUCGACCUCUUCAUCAUGAUUGUGAUCUGCGCCAGCAGCAUCGCGCUAGCCGCUGAGGAUCCAGUUGCCGAGAACUCGACGAAAAACAAGAUUUUAGAACACUUCGACUACGCCUUCACCGGUGUCUUCACCGUGGAGAUGGUCUUGAAGGUGAUUGAUUUGGGCGUGGUUCUGCAUCCAGGUGCCUACUGUCGAGAUCCCUGGAACAUCCUCGACGCCAUCGUUGUGUUCUGCGCGCUCGUAGCCUUCACAAUGAACCGUAACGCGGUUCGCCUGGGAAAACCUGCAACCAGCGCCUCAGCCAAAAAUUUGAACACCAUCAAGUCGCUCAGGGUUCUGCGUGUCCUUCGUCCCCUCAAAACCAUCAAACGCGUGCCUAAGCUAAAGGCCGUCUUUGACUGCGUAAUCAGUUCCCUACGAAAUGUCCUCAACAUUUUGAUCGUUUUCGUACUCUUCCAAUUCAUCUUCGCUGUUAUCGCGGUGCAGUUGUUCCAGGGUAAAUUCUUCUACUGCAACGACGCUUCAAAACUAACGCGGGACGAGUGUCAAGGCCAGUUCUUCGAGUACAACGCCGAUGGCGUUCCCUCGACAGUCUGGCGUGAGUGGAAGUCCCACGGAUUCAACUACGACAACGUGUACUACGCCAUGUUGACGCUGUUCACAGUGACAACAGGCGAAGGCUGGCCGGGGGUGCUGAAGAACUCGAUGGACGCCACUCACGUCAAUCAGGGUCCCCUAGAGGACUAUCAGCAGCAGGUGUCCAUCUUCUACAUCACCUUCUUUGUCGUCUUCCCCUUCUUCUUCGUCAACAUCUUCGUCGCGUUGAUCAUCAUCACCUUCCAGAAGCAAGGCGAAAAUGAACUCAUCGACCUUGAACUCGACAAAAAUCAGAAACGGUGCGUAGACUUCGCGAUCAACGCCCACCCACUGUGUAGGUACAUGCCGAAGGACAAGCGCUCGUGGAAGUACCGCAUUUGGCGUCUGGUUGUCUCCACACCCUUCGAGUACUACAUCAUGGUCAUGAUCGCCCUCAACACCCUCAUCCUCAUGAUGAAGUACCAUCGACAGGAGCGACGUCCACUGGUGGCGACGCACAUCGACACGGCGCAGCAAAACUACCACAACUACUGCAACACUCUAAUCUUCCUCAACUCUGCCUUCACCAUCAUGUUCUCCGUGGAGUGCGUCCUCAAGAUCAUGGCGUUCGGACCGAAGAACUACUUUCGUGAUAGGUGGAACAUCUUUGAUUUCAUCACGGUGAUCGGAAGCAUCACUGAUGUUCUAGUCUCCGAGCUGCAGCAAUCUGCCUUCUUGAGCCUCGGAUUUCUUCGACUCUUCCGUGCUGCCCGACUGAUCAAACUGCUGCGCCAAGGCUAUACAGUUCGAAUUCUCCUGUGGACGUUCAUUCAGUCCGUGAAGGCACUGCCCUACGUCUGUCUGCUUAUUGUCAUCCUUUUCUUCAUCUACUGUAUCAUCGGAAUGCAGGUGUUCGGAAACAUCAAGAACGACCCAAUGACCCAAAUGAACAAUCACAACAACUUCCAAACUUUUGGCAGCGGCAUUCUGCUGCUUUUUCGAUGCGCGACCGGUGAAAACUGGCAGGAGGUGAUGUUGGAUUGCGACGCGGGACGCGAAUGCGAGGGCUCGGGCACAUCGUGUGGCAGCAAGGCCACGUACCUCUACUUCGUCACCUUCAUCUUCCUCUCGUCCUUCCUCAUGCUGAACCUCUUUGUGGCGGUCAUUAUGGACAACUUCGACUACCUGACGCGCGACUCCUCCAUCCUUGGACCGCAUCAUCUGGACGAGUUCGUGCGCGUUUGGGCGGAGUACGAUCCAACUGCUCGCGGUCGGAUACACCACAGUGACAUGUACGAGAUGCUGCGUAACAUGGAACCGCCCGUUGGAUUCGGUAAAAAGUGUCCCUACCGCCUUGCCUACAGGAAGUUGAUUCGUAUGAACAUGCCGGUGGACGACAACGGAACAGUGCACUUCACAACGACGCUUUUUGCGCUAAUUCGAGAGUCUCUUGGCAUUAAGAUGGGGCCGGCGGAGAUCAUGGACCAACGCGAUAAUGAGCUUCGCUACAGCCUGCUCAAACUCUGGCCGGUGCAAGCCAAGCGCAUGAUGAACGUCCUCGUUCCUCCGGACUCCGCCGCCACCUCCUCUACCACCUCCACCUCUUCCCCCACCACCCCCACCACCACCGACACCUCCUCCUCCACCACCCCCACCACCACGGCUGCCACCAUCACCUCCUCCACCACCAUCUCCUUCACCACCACGGCUGCCACCACCACAGCCGCCACCUCCUCUACCACCUCCACCACCAUCACCACCUCCACCACCAUUACCUCCUCCACCACCACCAUCACCACCUCCACCACCAUCACCUCCACCACCACCGCCACCACUACCACCACCACCUCCUCCACCACCAUCACCACCUCCACCACCAUCACCUCCUCCACCACCGCCUCCACUACCACCACCACAGCAACCGCUACCAUCAUCUUUACUAUAACCAUCGAAAUAAACAAGACACCAUCGUUUCAAACCCAACUUGUCUACCACAAAAUGACCGUUGGGAAGAUCUACGCGGGCCUCUUAAUCCUCGAAAACUACCGUCUUUCCAAGCAACCGCACAGCAAGGACCAAUCGCGAACCCAAUUAGUCGCAUGCCCGCUUUUUUCUAUCUGGUGGUUGGAGUUAGUUUGUUUUCCUGUUUGUUUAAAUUACCUCUACCCGCCAAUUGCUCGCUCUCUCUUUCUUGAUUGGCUAUUGCUUUUGGUUAGAAAUCAGCUGAUCUUCUGGCGCGGUUUUUCGGCGCUGUCACGCACAAUGUGCACCGCUCGGCUAGGAAUUCGGAAACCGAAGACGAUUCCACUCAGACCCGAACACCAAAAGGCAGCUCCAACUUCAGCAGCCAAUGAGGAUAAAAUCCCUCGGCCACCUGAGGCUGGUGAAACCGACAAGCCUCUUUCGUACGCCACCAAUCCGAGCGAUUUGUCCUCCAUCGAGGAGGUUCAAGAGCCAAUAGAACCGCCGUUCGGUUACCAUCGUCAUCAUCACCACAUCUACCAUCACCAACACCACCACCACCAACCCCACUACCACCAAGUCUACCGUCCGGUUGUCGAUUAUACCCACAACACUAUGGCAACGACCGCAGGGAUCUGCCGUCCAGGUUUGUCGAAAACUCGUAGCGGUGGGCAACAGGCCCGUUACCAUCGACUCACAAGCACUUAUCAUGGAAUGAUCACUCCUGGUGAGAAGCGGCCUCACGACAUGUCGGAAAGCAUAUCAUUGGGCUCCAUCGGUGUGAAACAGCAGUCCCUGGACGACGCGGCGAGGAUCUCCAGUCCUCCUGCUCCCAAGCGCAUCAUUCUCUCCAAUUUCGGGGAGCUCGAAGACCAGGCAUACUACGAUCCCCAAGUUCAACCACCGGUUGUGCAUACACAGCAACGCUUUCCUUCAUCGUGGCAGUCGAACCCGAGCUCUGCCUAUCCAGUCGUCCGCGUCUCCAACCUCGACAAUCCCAACCGCACCUUCUACUCCCCGAGGCCUUUCAAAGAACACCAUCACGGUGGCGCGUUCUUCAACACGCCCUACUCAAACCUUCCAGGAUACCACGAGGAACUUUUGCCUCCUCGAGACGAACCUCUGGAGGAAUGCGAAUCCGAAGACUCCUUCGACUACAACGAACAAGCACAGCGGAUGUCAGUGGUAGAACCGUCGUCAACAACACAACCAUGUCUUUCUUCAAACCUAACUGCUGGUGGAGAGGGUCGUAGACCGCGUGCAGCGAGAAGGCCUCUUGUUAUAAACUUUCCAAAAGUUGAACAAUCUCCUACGAAUUCCGACGAGAUUGGUCCAUUCGUUGACGACGAUCAUCUGGAGUCUGCGGAACCCCUACUUCCAACACCGGUUUCUUUCUAUGAUUCACCGGCCAGGCUCGCCACGUUCAACCAACCGCUGCUAGGACAUGCACAACCCGUGGCGCAGCCUGGAACGGUUCUUCUUAGUCACUUCCAGCCCUAUUCCCAGACCCAAGUAACCGCAUCUGUCCCUUCCAACCCACAUGCGUUGUCGACUCUAUCCUACCAGCGACCUUCGUCGUCGAACGUUCUUCUUCCGCCUCCACCGGCUGCCACCUCAAACGUAAAUCGGUCACUUGAUUCCAUCCCACUUCGAUCCCGAACCACCACACAGCACCUCUUUGAUGGCAACUUCACCACAGACUCCUCGAUCCACAACCGGCCCACCUUCUACAGCCCACGUCAUCUCUACCAGGAGUGA